AUGGCGGGCGUGACGCUCGUUGACGGCCCCCUCCCGCUGCAAGCAGCCAAGGCCGCGUCGACGUUCUCGACCUCAUCCGACGGCACCGAGAUGCAGCCUCGCACGCUAGUCCUUUGCUUUGACGGGACUGCAGAUCAAUAUGCUGGCCAGAACACCAACGUAGUCAAGCUGUACUCAACCCUCAAGAAGGAUGACUCCGAACAGCUUUGCUAUUACCAGCCUGGUAUUGGGACUUACGUGAAUCCUGGAGCCGUCUCGCCUUUGUUCCAGUGGGGAGCAAAAGUCAUCGACCAAGGUGUUGCAUGGUAUCUGGAUGCUCAUGUUCGCGGUGGAUAUCAAUUCCUGAUGCAGAACUAUCGGCUCGGGGACAAAAUAUGUUUGUUUGGCUUUUCCCGAGGGGCAUAUACGGCUCGUGCACUUGCUGGGAUGUUGCACAAAGUUGGUCUGCUUCCCAGGCACAACUAUGAGCAAAUUCCGUUCGCAUACAAGCUCUACAAGCGUACGGGUGCGAAGAACGCGGCCCUCGCGGCAGGCUUCAAGCAGACUUUUUGCAGGGCUGUUCCCAUUGAAUUCGUCGGUGUUUGGGACACCGUUGCGAGUGUUGGAACCCUCAUAAGCCGGACACUCCCUUUUAUUGCCAACAACACGGGAAUAAAGACGUUUCGUCAUGCAUUGGCUCUUGACGAGCACCGAUCAAAGUUCCGUCCCAGCCUCUACCACAGUCCAGAACAUUUUGCAAAGUCCCGGAAGAACCCCGUUAAGGGGAAGGCCGUACCCCGGGACGACGAGAAUGAGAAAGUGGAAGUGAAGACUGUUCCAGCGACUCUCGGGAAAAUGCGGAAGCUCUUGAAGAAACGGGCUUCAAUACAGCGACUCAGUCAAGGCGCUGAAUGGGGGAACAUCUCUGAAGACCUAGCGGAGCUCCGGUGGUGCGGCCGCUCUGACACCGAGAAGGACAUGGAGAAGCUCGCUUCUGGAACUGACGUAUUUGAAGUGUGGUUUGCGGGGUGUCAUUGUGAUAUAGGCGGCAGCGCUGUACCGAAUGAGACGAAGCUUUCGCUAUCCGACAUCACCCUUCACUGGAUGAUGCGCCAAAUAGCCGAGUCACAAUGCGGAAUCGUCUUCGAUCAUGAUGCACUAGUCCGCGCGCGCAUCCCAGAAUCAGUCUUCCGUGGAAUGAAGGGCUUGUCCAUCUCCCCGUCCCUCAAUGACACGAAGCUCCACCCUAUGGACGCAAGCGGAAGCAGCACGAGACAUGCCGGCAAGCAGGCCAGCAACUCUACUGGCAUGGAUAAAUUGGACAAGCUAAACGCGGUGGAGCCGAUGCACGACCAGUUGCGCCAGAUACCACUGUGGUGGAUCCUCGAGGUCCUGCCAACGACCUACAACUGGCAAGAGCCGAGCGGCCUGUGGCAUACAUCCUGGAGUAUUCACCGCGGACAAGGGCGCCAUCUCCCACCGAGGCCCAACUUCCACGUCACCGUUAAAGAGCGCAUGAACGAUAAGGCCCUCAGGUACCGACCAAAAGCACUGCUGGGCAACGAAAAUUCGGUUACCUAUGUCGAAUGA